GGUCCAUUCUCCAAACUAAUUACUAAAUCCGACCCAACAACCGAUAGUUAAGCGCCGGACCGGCAGCUGACAAAACACCCGAGGGCACCAAUCAGCGACCCCCGAAUUGCCAGGCCCAUCGGAGUUUUCGAACUUUCUCCGCCCGACCAUUCGAGCUUGUUCUUUUUGCAUAUAUAAGAAACCCUCCCAUCCCAUCCCCUAACCACCAACGCCUCCCAAACCACCCACCACACACCACAACCCACCACACACACACCCACAAACACAUCAACCAUGCCUCGUCAACGCCGUGGAGCCGCGCCUACCCCCGCGCGCAGCGCCCCCACCCGCCCUACCGCCGCUCCCGCCAGACCGGCCCCUGCCUACGGCCAACAGCAGCAGCACCAACCUCACUCGACCGCCGCUCAUCCCCAGCAGCACGCCGCUCCUCCCGCUCCUACUCCCGCUGCUGCUGCUCCUGCCCCUGUCCAGCAGAGCCAGGGUCCCGGUCUGUUCGGUCAGAUGGCUUCGACUGCUGCUGGUGUCGCAGUCGGUUCCUCCAUCGGCCACGCCAUCGGCGGCAUGUUCUUCGGCGGCGGUGGCAGCAGUGCUCCCGCCGAGGCCCAGCAACAGGCUGCUCCUCCUGCGGCCGCUCAACCCAUGGAUAACGGUCUUUGGGCUGGGAACGCCACCAACAGCUCGUGGGAGGCCCCUGCUUGCGCUACCGAUGUCCAGAACUUUCGUAAGUGUAUGGAUGAGAAUAAGGGUGAUUUGACGAUUUGUGGGUGGUAUCUGGAUCAGUUGAAAGCUUGCCAGGCUGCUGCUAAGCCUUACUAAGUGGGUUAAGUCACUUAGGGUUGGGGAGGAGAUUGAUAGAUGGAUGGAUGAAAUGAUCUUAUGGACUGGAUUGGACUGAGCUGAGCUGGGCUGGGUGG